AUGGUGCAAAGCUAUCUGCGGCAUGGGCCAACCCAGGCUUUCGGGCUGAUAUGCAGUUCAACCUCCAACUCACUAUAUGAUGGCAAACUAGCAUAUGUCCCAGCACUCGAGGACGUGCUUGUAUGGGAUAUGAAGAAAGGGCAAAUGCUCUCGAUGUGGCACGAAACAGGACACAGAUCUGAGGUUACCUGCAUGUGCCGUUCUCCUCAAGAAAACAUUUUUGCGGUGGGUUACGCUGACGGUUCAGUGCGCCUUUGGAAUAGUGCAUUUAUCUCCGUCAUUGCAACAUUUAACGGACACCAAAAAUCCGUCACUGCUCUCGCAUUUGAUGCACAAGGAGCCCGCCUUGCUUCUGGCUCGCAAGAUACAGAUAUCAUCGUAUGGGAUGUUGUAGCCGAAGCUGGUCUCUAUCGUCUACGAGGCCAUCGCAAUCAAAUUACAACCAUACGAUUCCUUUCCGAGCCUGAACUUCCUUCCACCUCGACUGGUUCACGCUCUCAUAUGCUACUCACGACGUCAAAAGACACGUUCAUGAAGUUAUGGGACACUUCUACUCAACAUUGUGUUCAGACAAUCGUUGCUCACCGCUCCGAGGUUUCUUCCCUGGAUAUCGAUCCAGAGAAGAACUUCAUCUUCACCGGAAGCAGUGAGGGCGAAGUUAAAGCAUGGAAAAUCGACCACGAGUCAUUGUCGCAAGGUUUAGUAGAAAAUGAGGCAGGCGAGGUCGCAAAGAUGAUCCAUCCUGUCACCAGUCUCCCGCUCUCAUCACGUCACCGCGUAUCCCAGAUUUUAUUCCACCCAUCACAACCAUACCUUGCUGUUCAGUCACACGACCGAUCCAUUGAAGUCUUUCGUAUCCGAACUGAGGAGGAAAUCAGAAAGAAGCAAGCUAGACGGAAAAAGCGUGCAAAAGAGAAGGGGAAAAGUAAAAAGAAAGGGAAAGAUAUCGACGACGCCGCGGAGGACGCCGCGGAGGAUGCUAUGGAUGUUGACCAGGAGACAAACGUGAUUGAUCUUUUCACUCCUUACCUUGUGGUUCGAGCAAGCGCAAAAGUUCGAUCCUUCGAUUUUGGCUCCAAGGAAACUGUAUCGAAACCUGGUGUUCAGCUCUUUGUGGCAUUGUCAUCAAACGCCCUUGAAGUGUACAAUAUCCCACCCCCUACAAAGUCCAAGGAAGAGACACCUGAAGCCACUCGGAUGUUUUCGGUCGAUCUUCCCGGGCAUCGCACAGAUGUGAGGACUUUGUGUUUGAGCGCAGAUGACCAGACACUUGCGUCAGCAUCUAAUGGUUCCUUGAAACUGUGGAACCUGAAAACAACAGCGUGCAUACGCACAAUAGACUGCGGCUACGCUAUUUGCAGCACAUUCCUUCCUGGAGACAGACAUAUCGCUAUUGGAACGAAGUCAGGGGAGAUUCUAAUAUAUGAUUUGGCAUCUUCGACACUCACGGAGACUGUGAAAGCUCAUAGCUCCACUGUUUGGUCGCUGCAAGUUCGCCCAGACGAGCAAGUUUUGGUCAGCGGCAGUGCUGAUAAAGAAGUCAAAUUUUGGGAGUUCGAGCGUAACGUUUCUUAUAAUGACGAGGCCAAAAAGUCAAUGACGUUAAAUCACACACGAACGUUGAAGAUGUCAGAUGAAGUCCUGUUUGUCAGAUACAGCCCGAAUGGGAAGCUACUGGCAGCGGCCCUACUGGACUCCACGGUCAAGAUUUUCUAUCAAGACACCCUAAAGUUCUUCCUUUCUCUAUACGGUCACAAGCUGCCUGUCUUAGCAAUGGACAUUUCAGAUGAUUCCAAGCUCAUCGUCACGUGCUCCGCGGACAAAAACGUGAAGAUCUGGGGCCUCGACUUUGGUGACUGCCACAAGUCAAUAUUUGCUCACGAGGAGAGUGUCAUGCAGGUGCUCUUUGAACGAAAGUCACAUUACUUCUGGACUGUUGGCAAGGAUAAGAUGCUCAAGUACUGGGAUGGAGACAAGUUCGAGAACAUUCAGAAACUUGAUGGUCAUCACAGCGAGAUUUGGGCAUUGGCUGUGAGCAACCAUGCCAAAUUUGUAGUGACGGGCUCGCACGACAAGUCCAUCAGAGUUUGGGAGAAACUCGACGAACCACUUUUUCUCGAGGAAGAGCGGGAGCGGGAGCUUGAACAAAUCUAUGAAGACGGGAUUGCAAACACACUUAACCGUCCUGACAUAUCCGUCGUCAACAACAACGAAGCUGAUGCGCAACCCUCUGGGGAAGCAGCUGCGGUCACCAAGCAAACCUCGGAGACACUCAUGGCGGGCGAACGUAUCAUGGAGGCGUUGGAUCUCGCUGAUGCCGAGCGGACUGCUUUCCAGGAGUAUGAAGGAAAGGUUGCCCAAGCGGGUUCACUAGAGGCCGCAGGGAUGCAGCCACCGCCUCGAAAUCCCAUUCUCGCAGCAUAUGACUUGGAACCUGAGGCAUACGUCCUACAAGUUGUCGAGAAAAUAUCUAGUGCUGCUUUGCAUGACGCCCUGCUGGUGCUACCAUUUGACAAGGUAAUUUCGCUGAUGCGUUACUUGGACCUAUGGGCACAGAAAGGGUGGAAUAUUUCCCUCGUCUCUCGCAUAUUAUUCUUCCUCUUGAAGAUUCAUCACCACCAAAUUGUAGCUAAUCGUGUCAUGCGCACUGCGCUGAUUCCAUUACGUGUCCACCUACGCAAGUCAUUGCGCCGCGAGAAAGAUGCUAUUGGAUAUAAUCUGGUUGCGUUACAACAUCUUCGCCGAAGAACAGAAGCAGAGAGGACUGCCCAGUUCUUUGAAGAGGAAGACUUCGACGAAGAGAAAGUUCGCGCGAAGAUCGCAGAAGGCAAAAAGAGAAAAAGGGUUUCCAUCAAAGUUUGA